GGUAGCCAAAUUUACAUACUUUCGGUCUUUCUUGUUAAAAACAUUUGCCAGUUAAAGAUUAUAUGUACUAUGGAAGAUUCGCAUUCAACUACAAUAAUAUACCGAUAUUCAAGGCUACUAUCGGACGUAAUUUGGAUCGGGACUGUCACCUUUAUCCCUCAAAGUUUUGUUUUGCGCUGUUUACAUUUUGUUAACUCUUGUCCGAUUACGUUUGACUUUAAAUAAUGGGUGGAAAGAGUUACUACUGUGACUACUGUUGUUGUUUUAUGAAAAACGACUUAAAUGUAAGAAAACUGCACAACGAUGGAAUAUCUCACACAAUUGCAAAAACGAAUUACAUGAGGCGAUUUGAAGAUCCCAAAAAGAUCCUGGCUGAAGAGCGCCAGAAAGUGCCAUGUAAGCGAUAUUUUGGGGGAUACUGCAAAUUUGACCUGUUUUGCAAAUAUUGUCACUAUAGUGCAAAGGAAUUACAAGAACUGGAAAAAUUGGUUAUUGCUAAAAAGAAGUCUCGGAGGAGAAAGAAGGCAAAUAAAUGGCCCUGGAAAACCCAUGUCCAACCGGGAUUACCUCCUUCGUUGCAACCCAUCAAUUUGACUAGGCUCAAGCAAACCAAUUUUGAGCUAAGCUGGGCAUAGUAGCCAAUAUUGUAUUAAUAAUGUACAAUGUCAAGUAUUCAAAAUGCCAGCCACUUGCUCCAUGACGCGCGCCACUCGCAGGUUUAUCCGCAACAUGCGAGCGUAUUCGUAAUGAAAUGAUUUCGGGGAAUGCCCGCUUAAGUUUUCCUCGUCGGGGUCAGCCAGAUGUGCCAGCAGGAAAUAGCAAAGGUGUUCUGUAAUGCGGCAAGAUAACAAGAAUUAAAUCAACAGACAAACGUUUUUACAAAAUUGUACAAUCAUGCAUAAUGAUUCAGUUGAAGCCUUCUUUCUCAAAAAAUAAAUGAAUUGAACUUA